AUGGAGGCAACAUAUGUAGUAAAAAAUUCAAAGAGUUCAAAGAAGAAGAAGAAGGCCCAAACGGUUGAGGAGACUCGCGAUCGCGAUUGUCUUACUGAAUUGCCAGAACCUUUACUUCACAACAUUCUUUCAUACUUAACCAUGAAGGAUGUGAUCAAAACCAGUGUUUUGUCAAAGAGGUGGAGAUAUAUAUGGUUAUCUAUCACUUGUUUAAAAUUUUUGCCAAUGAAAAAGCAAAAAUACAAAGAAGUAGGUUUCAUCAAUCGAACUUUGCUUCUUCACAAGGGUCCCAAGAUUCAGAAGUUCAGCAUCACUUUUGUCUACAACCCUGCACAUGCGCACCAAGUUGAUUCAUGGAUCCACUUUGCCAUAGCACGCAAUGUAAAUGAACUCUAUCUUGAUUUCCCCUGUAAAAGGAGCUGUCUGUUUCGAUAUGGCUACAAGUUGCCUCACUUUAUAUUCAGCUGUAGAUCACUGACGGUCUUGGCACUGAAACAUUGUGUUAUAAGGAUCCCAGUCAACUUCAUCCCCAGUUCCCUUAAAAUCCUUUCACUUGAGCAUGUCUUCUUCAUUGGUGGGGAUAUUAGUGAUUUGAUAUCUUCGAGUCCAAUUCUUGAAUAUUUGUCUCUGACAAAUUGUUUAAGCAGUAGUGACCUCUAUCUCUCUAUCUUUAAAGUCGGUAUGAAGACCUUAAAGAUAUAUGAAAGUCAUUAUUACAGUCAGAGUUCUAAGUUAGAUGUUUAUGCUCCGUUUAUUGUUUCCUUUGAACUUGUUACGAACAUGUCUGGGAAAAACUAUGUCAUGAAGAAAAUGCAAUCUCUUGAAAGUGCAAGCUUUGAUUGCAUUGGAACGCCUGGUUUGCAAUUCAAUGCAGAGGAUAAGAGGCAAAGCAUUGUUCAGAUUCUUGAUGAAGUCCAUCAUGUUAAAGAGCUUAGAUUAUGUAGCUGCUACAUUCUGGCUCUGUCUAGUGGUGAAGGUCAAGAUUUUAUUACCUUUGCUGUCACAUGUCUAAGGAUAAAGACAGGGUUGACAAAAUGGGAGUUACCAGGAAUUGAUUACAUGCUGAAACAUUCACCAAAUAUUGAGACUCUGAUCAUUAGUAUUGACAAGAAUGAAGGAGAAAAGCCAAAUGACAAGUCAAAUUAUAAAUUUAAUUUUGGAGAUGGAGAAUUCUGGAAACUGCAGGAGCCAAAUUUUCUCAAUCUGUUGGGGAAUCUGAAGACAGUUAAACUGUACAACUUCAUGAGUGAUCUGGAUGUACACACGAGUACUAAAACUGAAGAAUUGCUUGAGAAGCUACAAAAUGAGAUGAAUUUUCUGAGAUUCUUGCUGAAGAACUCAAAGGUGUUGGAGAAAUUGAUCAUUACAACCUGUAAGGGUGUCGACUUUGGCAAGUCAGAAAGUAAGAAGCUAAAGCUGAUGUUCCUGCUUACUCAGGAGUUGCUAUCAUUCCCUAGAGCCUCUCGAGAUGCUCAAAUAUCUUUCAGCUGA